AUGAGGGAGGACGAGAAGCACGAGAAGAUCAUUCGCGCAUUAAUGAAGCUUCCGGAGAACCGGAAAUGCUUCAAUUGCAGCAGCCUGGGCCCUCAGUAUGUUUGCACCAACUACAGCAUCUUCGUCUGUCCUGCAUGCAGCGGUGUCCACCGUGAGUUCAACCAUCGGGUCAAGUCAGUGUCAAUGGCCAAGUUCACGCCUGAAGAGGUGGCAGCGCUGCAGCAGGGAGCCAACCAGCGGGCGCGAGAUUACUUUCUCCCAGGGGCCGGCAGAGCCCCUCCCAACAGCAA